AUGGACAAGAAGGCAUUCGAGCAGCAUCUUGAUGCCUCCUGGCAAACCUUCCGGCAGCAGCUGGUGGACGUUUACUCUGCGUCGCUUUUAGAAAGCCCUCUGCUUCAGCCAAAUGUGUUGCAGGAGGUUUCAGCCUCCGAAGUGCCGGACCUGGAAGAACACUCAGAAAAAGUAGUGGAGGAGGAAAAGAAGGAGCAGGAUCAGACGCUGGAGAGCGAGCACGAGGAAUUCCUGGGGUCGCAGCACCCCUUGCUCAGGAAUGGAUUGACGAAUCUUGGGAAGCGGGAGGCAGAAUCAGUGAAGAAUCGGCUGCGAUUAAGGCUCGGACAGUUGAUCUCUGGGAGCUGCCUCCUGGAUGCGGUGGCAGCUCUGGGCCUUACUAGAUAUACCGAGGAGGAGAUGAAUGACUUUGUGAACCUCCUCGGCGAGUUCAUCAGCCUUCAGUUCGUUGAAACGCGACGAAGCCAGAGCUCAGUCAAUUCCCUGAACUCCUGGUUCCGCUUGCAGGGGGACUCGGUGAACAAGGAUUUCUCCAUGGGGAAACCAGUUUGGCACUGGCCACUGGAGGAAAGCCCAAGACACAGCCCAAGACAUGACUCCAACAAGGACUGGCUCAGAAAGCGUGCUCCCAAGUACAACUGUGUGCCGGCUAUGCCUUUGCUGGAAAUCCUCAUGUCACAAGAGACGGAGGUGCACAAGUUGAUCUUUGGUCCCAUGCUCAACCAGUACAAGGCCAUAAGGGAGAUUUUGGUGGCGGGUGACACCAACCGCCUUGUGGCAGAGCUGACUUUUGUACGCAUCAACGACCUGGCAGCACCCCCGGAGCCAAUGCAUCCCAUCAUGUACCUCGAGCCCUUCGUGGCCAUCGUUAUACUUGCCAAUGGCAUCGUGACCGGCUUUCAGACAGACCCGCUAUACAGGGACUGGCCCGGCUGGAUCUACGUGGAAUUGGCGUUUGCCUUUUUCCUGCUGUCAGAGAUCUUUCUGCGCAUGUACGUGCUGGGCUGGAGUGGCUACUGGCAUGGCUCAGAACAAAAGUGGAACUGGUUUGAUAUCUUUUUGCUUGCGAUCAGCACGAUUGACAUUGUUGUCCAUCUGGCUGGCAGCCCGACCGAUAUCUCCAGCGCUUCCCUCCUUAGGCUCUGCCGGCUCAUCCGCUUGGUCCGCAUCGUCAAGGUCUUCCGGGUCAAGAUGAUGAGGGACCUGCGUUUGAUGGUGAAAGGUUUGUUGGCCGGUGUUCGGACAUUGCUUUUGGCCUUUGUAUUACUAUUUGCGGUGCUUUAUGUGAUCGCGGGCUUCGCCACCAUGACCAUUGGCAGCGCUGAACGGACGGUCGAGAUGGGUUUUCACGGCUAUUUUGACAACAUCCCUACGUCCAUGUUCACCGCAUUCAGGUGCUUCACAGGCGAGUGCAUUAAUGAUGACGGUCGGCCGCUGCAAACCAUGCUUGCCACGGAGUAUGGCUUCAUUUUUGUCUUCUUCUACGUUGCCAGCUACAUGCUGGUGACAAUGGGAAUCUUCAACGUCAUCCUGGCAGUCUAUGUGGACAUCACCAUGAAAGCGGCAAAGGAAAGCGAUGCGCAGGGUGCGGACCAGAAUAAGCGGGAAUCCAUCCGAGUGGCCCGGACCACCCGGGAGCUGAUCAAGAUCUUCAGCGCAGCAUACAAUGCUUUUCGCGACCAGAGCAGCGCUGACGAGGAGCAGCCCAUAAAGCCAAUCUCUGCAUCCGAAUUCAUGGAGGAUGGCAUGACGGACCAGGUGCAUAUCACGAAGGAACUCUUCCUGUUGGUGAUCCAGGACCGGCAUGUUCAAAAACUGAUGGAUGACUUGGACUUACCUCCAGACCGGGCAAACCUGUUUGAGAUGUUGGAUGGUGACGGCAGCGGAACGCUGCAGACGGCUGAGCUGCUCCAAGGGCUCCUGAAGGUCAGGGGCGAGGUUAACAAAAGCGACACCGUGGCGAAUUUGUUGGCCACAAAGGCUGUGCAAAACUUAGUCAGCGACUACCAAGACCAGAAUGCCCACGCCUUUCAGUCCCUGAGCCAGGGCAUUGCGCUUUUAAGGGCAGAGGUCGGCACCAUGAGAAAAGCUGAGAGUGAGGGCAAUCGUCAGCACUCUGAGACAUGUUUUUCACCCCACCCCCGACAGAUCCCUCUAGGGGACUAG